UCUUCAGAAAACAUCAGUCUAUGCAGUAACAUUGUUUUUAUGAAUCUGAAGUCGUCGAAAUUGAAGUUUCCACUUUUCUUAAAGUCGUCGAAAGUUUCUCUCUUUCCACUAAAUACCCCUUGCAAUUUUCGUGAACUCUAAGGAAGACACAAAAUCACAAUUUUCUCUCUCCUCCGUUAAACAACAAUGGCAGUGCAGUGGGUGCUGGUCUGCCAUGGCAUAAUCACACUUUUAGUAGUAAUUUCUUUCUUAUGUGGUCAAUGGCCAAUUUUUCAGGGCACUUUUGUUGAACGCAUUCACAAUUUCCUCACUUUUGGCGCCUAUGAUUAUUUCCUGAAAUUUGUAGGAUGGGUUUGUGGAAAUAGAGGUUUAAAUGCAGUUCUUUCCGUCGAGUAUUACUGUUGCUAUCGUUCGAACCCUACUUUACAGAUCUUUUACGUUGCAAUACUUUCAGCAACAUACUACUUUAUUGUCACUUCCUCAUUUGUUUACAUCCCUAAUUACUAUUUGGGUGAAAUUCAUAGGUAUACUAGCAUAGUGGCUGUUGGCAUAGGCAUUGUACUUUUCUUGCUAACUAGUUUUUCUGAUCCUGGAACUAUUACUGCAAAGAAUGUCACCCAAUAUAUCUCCGUUUAUCCCUAUGAUAAUGUGAUAUAUUCAGAGAAAGAAUGUUCUACUUGCAAAAUUCUCAAACCUGCUAGAUCCAAGCACUGCAGUGUGUGUGAUCGUUGUGUGGCUCGAUUUGAUCAUCACUGUGGAUGGAUGAAUAAUUGUAUCGGAGAAAGAAACACUAGGUACUUCAUGGCUUUUCUAUACUGGCAUUUCUUUCUUUGCCUAUAUGGAGCCGUUGCGAUUAUUUUAAUUCUUGCAAGUCGGUUGAAGGAAUUGAAGAUUAUACAUAUCUUGACAGUCUACUAUGGUGUUGACAAUUCAAUCCGAGGUUUAGCUCCACAUGUUGCACAGUGGUUGGUGAGCUCCUAUAACACUCAAAUACUUCUGAUGGUGUUUCUUGCCGUUGUAUCUUUGCUCAUGGCCGCUUUCUUCGGCUACCACGCAAAACUGUGUCUUACAAAUACCACUACAAAUGAGACAUACAAGUGGCAAGAUCAUACAAACCUGCAAAUGAAGAUCAAUGAAGCAAAAGCCAGUGCCUUAGCCCUUAAGACGAGUAUCAAUGGACUUGGCCUUGAAAGCAAGCCUCCUCAGAGCAAAUGGAAAUCCUUUUUCAGAAGGUCGCCUUUGAGUGAUGCAGAGUUUGCGGUAGAGAAAAAUGUAUAUGACAAAGGAGUUGUUCAUAAUCUUUGCGAGGUUCUGUUCCCAUUCUCUACAAGAUCCUCAUUCGUGCGGGCCAAAGAAAAGUAUCAUUAAAUUAACUUUAGAUCUUUGUGUAAUGUUUUAUUGGUUUGUCAUAUAUAUUACAUCAUUGAAUAUGAUCUGCUUGCCAAGGCUUAAGACCAGGAGAAGCAAUCCAAAAGAGAGGCGAAGGAGCAGGAGGCAGAGAGUUGUUUAUGAUCUCGUAACUUAUACAUUCAUUAUUUUAGGAGUUAGACUGAACAAGGUGGUACUUUUGGACCACAGUGUAUUAUUUGAUGCAUCAUUUUUUGCCAAGAAGGCAUGUGUAUAUUCCUUUGAAGAAAAACAAGUAUAGGGGACAUAAUACAUAUGUAUAUUCUUUCUAAUAGAAUGAUUCUUGCUUGCAAUGAGCCAGUGACUCUA